UUAGCCUUAUUUUUACCGUAUGUAAAAAAAUAAUGUAAAAAUUAAGCGGGCGGCAGGAUUGUCAUCAGUCAACAAUGUCAAUUCGAAACAUUCAAAAAAGCGGUCGUUUCGUUUUCAUUUCUUGUUUUUUAAUUUAACCGUCUCGCCUGCUGUGGUUAAUUUAAUCUUUUCUAAGUUUUCAAUCUUCAAACAGAGGUUUCAAAUAGUGUUUGACAAAAGAUGUUUGCUUGAAAUAAUAAAAAACACUGUUCCCUGUAAGCCAGUGAAAAAAGUCAUGAAGAUCCAGGAGUGAGGCAGAGUUCUUAUUUGAUAAUACUAAAACGAAAAUUAAAAUGGUUGAGGCAGAUAAAUGCACGAUAGACACUGUGCAAGUGGCCCUUAGGAUAAGGCCUCUAAUGCAGCAGGAAAUAGAUAGAGGAUGUGAUGAGUGCAUAGAGGUGGUCGCCAAUGAGCAACAGGUGAUAAUAAAGGACCUGGCCUUUACCUAUAACUAUGUCUUUGCCCAGCAUAUAAACCAACAGGAAUUUUAUGACACAGCUGUAAAAGGACUUAUAGGAAAACUCUUCCAAGGUUACAAUGUAACUAUACUCGCAUACGGGCAGACUGGCUCUGGCAAGACAUAUACUAUGGGCACAAAUUACUCUGGCUCAGAUGGAGAUUCCACAAAGUUAGGUGUAAUACCCCAGGCUGUGGCAGAUAUAUUUGACUUUAUCGAGACCCAUGAGGACAAGUUCAUAUUCAAAGUUUCCGUAUCCUUCAUGGAGUUGUACCAGGAGCAGUGCUACGAUCUGCUUUCAGGAAAGGAGAGGGGACACAGCAUCAUAGAAAUAAGGGAGGAUAUUAACAAAGGCGUAAUUUUACCAGGUAUAACUGAGCUGCAAGUGGCAUCAACCAGAGACACCAUGACGAUAUUGGAGAGAGGCUCCAUUGGCCGGGUGACUGGCUCCACUGCUAUGAACCAAGCGUCCAGCAGAAGCCACGCUGUGUUCACUAUCAUUAUAGCUAAAGAAAGUAGGACUGACAAGAACAUAGCAACAACUGCAAAGUUUCACUUAGUGGACUUGGCUGGUUCCGAGCGUAUUAAAAAAACUAAAGCGAGCGGCGAGAGGUUGAAGGAGGGAGUGAAGAUCAACCAGGGGUUAUUGGCACUGGGCAACGUCAUCUCGGCACUUGGCGAUGGGACCAACAGGAGUUUCAUCGGUUAUAGGGACAGUAAACUGACCAGGUUACUUCAAGACAGUCUCGGCGGUAACUCUCUCACUCUGAUGGUGGCGUGCGUGAGCCCCGCGGAUUAUAACUUGGACGAAACAGUUUCUACCCUCCGAUACGCGGACCGAGCUAGACGUAUCCGCAACAAGCCUAUCAUCAACCAAGACGCCAAGUCUGCUGAGAUCGUGAGGUUGAACAACUUAGUAAACGAAUUGAGGCUGCAACUCCUUGGUAAACUGCCGACAGCGUCCGAGCAGAACAACGAACAACUCCAAGAGGAGUUAGACAGGGAGAAGGCCAGAUAUGCGGAACUUCUAAAAAAACACAAGCAAGUCACCGAACACCUUAGCAAUAUGCUCAUUGAGAACACGAAUUUGUGCGAAAAGGCACUGUUAGCAGAAGCAGCGAAGGAUAAAAUUGAAAGGAAACUAAACGAAUUAACCGAACAAUGCAAUCAGACUAUAGAAAACUUGAAUACAACGGAAGCGCAAGACGAGGAAGCUCAGAAGACGUCCGUUGUAGAUUAUUUGAAGGAGAUUAAGACAAGGUUGGAAGACUUGCAGUCGGUUAAUCUGAAGACCAAUGAAGAGUUGAUUGAUCACGAGAUUAAGCUGUCGUUUGUGAAGGACGAUGACAAUGAGAAGAUGGAUGAUGACGUGCUGUUGAAUGAGGACCAGGCUGUCAUGGAAGAGGAGAAGAGAGCUAUGGGACAGGUGGCGCUCAACCAAGAAUUGCAAGAGCUCAACCGCGCUAUGGCCAUCAAGGCGUCCGUGGUCCAAGCUAUACUGGCUAACAAUAAAGACAUGUUGGAGAGUCAUAAUAACUUACGUGAGAAUGAAGAGAAGAUCGCCAAGUUGGAGAAAGAGCGAGACGAGUUGAUGCAACAGUUGAAGCAAACCAAGAGCAAGGAUCCAUCCCACGAGGAACGCCGCACCAAAGUGUCGACCCUUGAGGCGGAGAUUUCAGACCUAAAGAAGAAGUGCCAGCAACAGGCCAACAUCAUCAAAACUAAAGAGAAGAAUGAAGCCAAGAUUGCUGCCCUCAAUGCUGAAUUACAAGCUAUGAAGGCUACUAAGGUGAAAAUAAUAAAACAAAUGCGCGAAGAGAGUGAGAAGUUCCGCAAAUGGAAAGCGGACAACGAACGAGCUAUGUUGAGACUGAAGAACGAGGAUCGCAAGCGUGCCACCGCCAUGGCCAAGAUGGAGUCUCUGCACGCGAAACAACAGAACGUGCUCAAACGCAAGAUGGAGGAGGCGGUCGCCGUCAACAAGAGAUUGAAGGAAGCCCUAGAAAGACAAAAGAAUACGGCAAUGAAACGCAACGCGAAGGGAAGCGUGAAGGCGGGCGCAGUACAGCAGUACAUUGAACAAGAAUUGGAAGUACAUUUGAGCAUUGUCGAAGCUGAGAAGUCAUUGGAGGAGCUCAUGGAAUAUAGGGCAUGGAUUACGGAGCAAAUCGAGAUUCUCCGCAACAGUACAGACGAUGUAGAGAAUCGCAAGAAGAUUGCCGAGUUGGAAGACGACCUCGCUUUGAGGAAGGCGCAGAUAUCUGACCUCCAGCAGAAGAUAUUGACCGCUGAUCAAGAAAACAAAUCGCGCACGCAAUGGGACAACAUCCAGUCGAUGUUGGAAGCGAAGGUGGCUCUGAAGUGCCUCUUCGAAUUACUGGUGGACACCAAGCGCGAGCUGCAGAACCAGAGCGAGAAAGGCUUCCAGGCGCGGUACGAGGAGGUCAAGGAGGCGCAUGAUAGGUUAAUGGUAGAAUACGAACACAGCAAGGCUGAAUUCGAGAGGCAGUUGGCUACAGUCAAGAUGCAAAGUGAACAAAAGUUGACGGCCCUAGUGGCGCUCCAACGCGGCGUCGUUCGCGGCGACAAGAGCGAGGCGUGCAAACACUUGCAGAACGUGAUACAAUACCAGCAGGACAAGUUGGAACAGGUCGAGGAGGAGAAUAAAAAACUAAUGGACGAACUCGAGCAGCUUCGUUCCGCCGGCACAAAGGCUAAGAAGCAGCGUAAGAACGGUCCCGUGGAGAAACUGAAGGAAGAAUACGUGGAGCCGACUGAUGAGGAGGACGACGAGGACGAGGACGAGGAGCGGGACCCCGACUGGAGGGCCACGCCGCUCUUCAAGAGGAUACAGGCGCAGCGUUCCUCCCGCCUGACCAUGAACUUCAAGCCGGAGGCGGACAGCUCGCGCGCCCCCAAGCGAGGCAGCGACGGCGCGCCGCACUGCUGCUGUCGCGGCAGCUGCUCCACCAAGAUGUGCGGCUGUGUCAAGAAUGAAAAGGGUUGCGGAAGCGCUUGCAGAUGCCAGAGCGCGCUUUGUAGAAAUAGAAGGAGAACAUCUUCUGACAGCGAAGAUAAAGAGAAUAACCCGUCCGGUACGGAAAUGUCUUCCUCCUUAGAUACAACGCCGCAGUCGUACUUCGAUAAGCGGUUUGAAACAUCAAAAGAACUGGAAAAACAAAACUCGCCUAGCAAAAGCGAUAGCCCUCAAAAAAGCGGGUCUAACCAAGUUGCGCGUCCCAUGCGUCCUUUGGCAGACCGCCGGGCCGCUGCCGAGAACCGCACGCAGCGAUGGAUGUUAGCGUUGUUGCUAUACAAUACUUGCCUCGCGCCCAUGUCUUCUUAUUGCGCGGACACUAUAUUUGAAAACUAUCUUGACGCGACGUAUGUAAAGGCGAAAAGGCCUUAUUUCUUCCCGCUUGAUCCGAGCGAAGAACAAGCUAAACCUAUAAAGACUGAAUAACAUCUGGACACUGCAGUAUUAUAUCAUUUAUUACACUAUAUUGUUACACUACAAACAUAUCGACUAAGUUUUUUAUUAUAAAUGAAACCAUAAACGUUAACUUUAGUGCCUUUUAAUAAUAAAUUGAUUAAUAUUUACUUUAUUGAUCCCAAAAAUAAUGGAUUUUAAAUGUUUUGGUUUUAAUGUUGACCACUUGACCAGACGUGUUCCUAUUGUAGUUGUAAAACAUACUACGGCAUGUAUUUUCUAUCAGCAUUUGUGAAAUUGUGGAGUUUUGAUGAAUAAAUAAAUAUUUUUGUAUUUAUUA